AUGCCGCCAACUACGAUUAACCACCAUGCGCGAGACGACACUGGAGGUGUUGGGACCGGCAAGGGCGACUGGCGCGCUCAUGCCAGUCCCGAAGACUUCGUCCUGGAAGGCUGGAGCGAGGGAUUCAUGGUGCUACUGCAUAAAUUGAUCCUGCUCGAGCAGCUUCUCGCCAUGUCCCACGGCACUUUCUGCUUCAUGUCCUUCACCGGAUAUGGCUGGUACCUGUCUUCGACCGCUGCAUUACUUUACUGCUCUUGGUUUAUACACAACCUCGUUGCGUGGAUGAAGAUCCGUCCUUUCUUCCUCGAUCGUGGCAGCCUGUUCUCACGAAAGACUGGUAUCUGGACGCGCAACAUCUAUCUCACGACGCUGGUCGCCAGUAUCGGGCCCAUCCUGCUCCAGAUCUACGAUAACUUCCGCUUCUUCAACGGGUUUUCGGACUUCUAUACUGACGUGCGACCAUAUGAGCCUUUGUUCCGGGAUCCUUGGUGGGUCUUCACCUGCUUGGUGCUGUUCCACGUGGUCAGCAAAUGUUACGGCACAGGUGUCGUAGAGUUGAUCAAGAAAUCCCCACGAUUUGGUAUCUUGAUGAGCGCCAUCCUUCUCGCGCUCAUUUUCACUGCGCUGGACAUUGUUUCGAGCAUACACAACUUCCUCGGCGGGACGGAUGGUAUCAACCCGUGGUGGAAGCUCUCGCUGGUCUUCAAAUGUCUGACCGACACAAUCAUGCUUGACGACUUCAAGACCGAACUAAAACGACUUGGCAUCAAACGCAUCAAGAAGGACGAGGACCGGCGCCAGUCUUAUGCAGUGGUGCUCGAGGACAAGGACACGGGCGACAACGGCGAGCUUGAAUUUGCUGAUGCGCUCAACGUAUCCCCUGAGCGGUUUGCGAAUGAAAGGCAUGGCCGGAAGAGCAAUGCUGGACCCAUCAAUUCACCGAACGAUCGGUUCAGGCAGGAGUCGGUACUCGAUGGGAAUUACGCUCGGCACCAGCAGAACUAUGGUCGAGACCAGACUGGUCAGGGCGGAAGGAGGAUCAGUCAUCUGCCUGAUUUGGGGAUCAAGAAGGGCUGGAGUGCGCUAGCGGCGAGAAAGACGAAAAAGCAGAUCGCAAGCGGCAAGUACGUGGUCGAUAUCGAGAAGGAUGCGGAUGACGUAGUCAGAGCGGACUCACGGCAGGAUCCGAGGCGGGAAGAGAGGCACAUGUCGUAUCCGAUGUUCGACGAGGAUGACGAAGAUACCGAGUACAGCGACGAAAACGAACUCAGAGGAAUAGGGCGGCCUUCCAGGAAUGCGAAGGGGAAGCUCGAUCGUCUCACAGGCGAGCACUUCUCCAACAGUGAUGAAGCAAGCGCGACAGUGAGGCACAAGGAGCACAGGUCAAGCUCUUUCAGUAGCGACUCGCCGCCAGAGAGUAGUGGGGCUCUCAACGAGCACCAAGGACAGCAUCAGAGUGAUGGGAGCGGGCUGGGACUCGAUGGCAAUGAUGGAAUGGGAGUACUCGAUUUUCAGACGAAGCCAGCCGGCUUCUGA